AUGCUGGUGAACGGCGUGGACAUCUCCAUGCUGGAAGGCUGGAUGAUCAAGAUCAACAGUAACCCCAGCUUCUUCGGUAAAAACAUGAACCGCCGGUGGUUCAAAGUGGGUUUCGUACCUGGACCAGGUUCCGAGAAGAAGCUGGUAAUUUCCUACUCCACCAGCAAAACUGCAAAGGAUCCGCGUGGAUGGCUCUACGUCGAAGAUGUUAGCGGCAUUUAUUGUCGGCGGGUAAGGAACGUAUCUGAAAUGAUUGAGAUCGUAUCGCCUUCUCGCACCCUUCGGCUCAAAGGGGAGACUGCUGUCGAGCAUCGUCUGUGGUCGGACAGUCUCUACAAACUGUGCCAUCCACCGUCUAAGCCUGAACCUACUACGGCGAAUACGACGCCAGCAGCACCAAGGCGUGAACGCUCUUCGCACACGCAACGCGAGACAAAGCAGGCUGAAGAAGAAGAGGAGGAUCGAGCACAACGUAAACAGCGAGCAGACCGUGACCGAGAUCGUCAACGAGAACGUGAACGUGGCCCUGAACGGGAACGUGAUCCCGUGGUCGCAGUCCUAGGGACGAUAACGAGGAGCGUGACGCAAGGAAACGCCGCUCUCCGUCGCCAACGCAUCGCGAGUCGAGACGUCAAGAGCGAGAGUCUUCUCCCAAGUGAACAAGACGUCAGUGACGGUGACAGCAGUGGAGACGGUCAAGACAGCUCUCGUCCCUCGACUAACAGCAGUACUCGCAGCUUACUCGUGGCUCAGAUCAAGUCGGGGUCAUCUCUCGAAGACAGUAUGGCUCAAUGCAAGAACGUCAUGUCCGACAGCGAAGAAGAAGAAGAAGAAGAGGAUGCUGACGAGAACCGUCACGAGAAUGAGGCAGAAGAAAGCCCUCGUGAGCCCUUAACGUCCUCGACCGAUCCGAUCGAUGACGAGGUUUCUCACGAGCCAAUGACCCCGCAACGAAUGAACUUUACAGAACCGACAAAGCAGAAGGCCUCGGACUAUUUCGAUUCGGACGAGGAAGAGCAUGAGCAACCUCCGUCCAGAGGCAAAACUAGCCACAACGACCACAAGGCCCCGGAGUCCAGCGUCACAGCCGACAACAACUUCGCUCAUGACGACUGGGACGCCCAAGAGGAACCGACAUCGCAGCCAGCAGCAACUAAAACGGCUGCAUACUCGUCGGCUCUUACCGGGGGCGUUGCAGCCGACGCAAACUUCGUGCACGACGACUGGGACGACUAG